AAGGGCGGGGCCAAGUGAAAUUAGGGAGGGGACUGGGUCGGGGCACAAUGGAGGCCAAACCAGCACCGAACUCCUCAAUGGCAGCAAAGCUGCUGGCGUCGCCCUGUCUGGACCUGGAGCCGCUGGGAGGAUCUUCCUCCCAGGAGAGGCCGAGGACCCCAGGAUGCCGGAGAACCAGUGGGAGGUCCCUCUGGCCUGCAUGCCAGAACUCCGUCACCGCUCUGCGCUUCCUCCAAGAGACAGUGGAGGGGCUGGAUCAGUCCCCUGCUCUGGACACCCAGGUCCUGGGACCUUGCUGGGAGCUGAUGGCUCUGGGGACUCAGGGCUCCCUGCCGCUGGACAGGGGUUCCAAGGACACACAGACCCGGAUCAGCCAGAAGGGCCACCGCCUGCAGCCCUCGGGUACUCCCCCUGCCCCACCCCAGAGAAGGCCCCGGAAGCAGCUGAACCCCUGCCGGGGCACCGAGAAAGUGGACCCCGGGUUCGAGGGGGUAACUCUGAGGUUUCAGAUAAAGCCGGACGCCAGCCUGCUGAUCAUCCCCUCCUACAGCCUUCCCUGCAGUAGCCGCUCUCAGGAACCCCCUGCAGAAGCUGUUGAGGGCCCCGCAGCCCACCCAGGAGACACGGAGGCCCUGGGGCUCCGGCGCUGUGCUUCCUGUCGGACCCAGAGGACCCCGCUCUGGAGAGACGCUGAAGAUGGGACCCCUCUCUGCAAUGCCUGUGGGAUCAGGUACAAGAAAUACGGCACUCGUUGCUCCAGCUGCUGGCUGGUGCCCAGGAAAAAUGUCCAGCCCAAGAAGCUAUGUGGCAGAUGUGGAGUGUCCCUGGACCCCAUUCAGGAAGGUUAAACUUGCCUUCCCCCUGCUGAGCCGCUUUUUCUGCCUCAGUUUCACCAGUGGGAGAAUGGGCAGAAGCAGCAAUCCUAGGAGGACCGGGGAAGGAGCUGGCCUGCCUCCUCUCUGCCAUCUCCAGAUUCAGGGACCCCGGGGGAAGACCCAGGCCUCAGGCAGCAGAGCCUGCUAGGGGUUACUGGCCCCCUUUUCUCCAGUCAGCCUUGGCCGAGGCCCCCUCAGGAGACGUUUUCAGGAAUGAUGAGCAUUGUUACAGCAGGGACAAUAAAGUACAGAAAGAUACUCAGAAA